CAUCUGGAUGGGCUGUUGUCCAUUCUCUGUACAUUCAUUAUAUUUACAUCGAUUGAAAACGUUUAGGAAACAACGCCAGUGAAUGACAGUUAUCCAAAUUUCCGGUAGAGAAAAUUUUACAUUUCAUGGAAUGUUUGGUAGUAAUUUUCAGGCGAUUGAUAUUAGAUUCAAUUUGGGGAGAAAAAAUUAUGAAAUUUCUCAUAAAAUUCAAUGGACUCGCAAAUUUUUGAGCAGUAAGAAGCCGAGAGACCUCCCCAACAUAUCUGAAUUUUUAAUCAAGACAUCAAUAUUCAGUAUGAAAUUACCCUGAAUUUCCAAGGAAUUAAUAAUCCGAACAUAUUUUCGCAACUUGUAUUCAAUUUUAUGAUAUUUAUACUUUUCAUUGAUUCUUUCAUAAAAUAGUGAAUUUCAAAAACAUAAUUUUGUGUUUAGUGGAACUGUCACUUGAUGAAAAUUUUAAUCAAGUGUCAUCAAGUGUACCGGAACGGUCAGCCAAAAAUUUUUAACAGUGUAUUUUCUUUGUUGAGUGUUCAUGUAUACUGACUCCAUCAUGUUCAUGUACCCCAUGAACAUUGUAAUAUGAAUGAAAUGUUAUGAAUAGAUAUGUACAUUGAUUGGUUCAGUGAAGUGUUUACGUAGGAUAGAGAACAGAGACAGAAUAGUCCAAAUCUCUGUGUACAUCAAUGUGAUGAUGUUUUUGAUCGUCUUUCCGAGUUUUGAUGAGUUUUUAUGUUUGUUUUGUGUUUGGAAAAAUAUGAUGGAUUUGCUGAAGUAACGGACAUUAUUUUUGAAUCUACAGUAUAGGAUUCGCAGACGACUUACCGUGCAAAUAAUUCAAUCGGCCUACCUUAGUGAGGUUAUGUUUCUCUAGGUGGUUUCAUGCAGGUCAAACUAGUCUCACUUAGUGAGAAGAAAUAAAUUGGGUGAAGUAUGGUAUUCUGAGAAGGUGAUUUUGAGAAUACAUUGGAGUCAUGUAAGACAGUAAGGAUGCUGGUCUCACAGCGGAAGAUGAAGCAGAUUGGAUUCUUUGCCUUCUGUGUUUUACUGAUAUUCGCAUUCUACGAGACUGUUGUAAAAAUGGACAAUGUACCGCGCCAAAAUCCUCGCAGCAGAUUAAUGUCGAACAUUGAAGACCGACCUUCGCAAGAAAGACUGGACAAUUACGAGGAUUCGUCUAUUGCGAAAAAUCAGGUCAAUGACCUUGUAGAAGCCAAGAAAAGAAUACAUGAAUUGGCAGAGAAACUUCAUAACAUAGAAGCUAAGGUUAAUGACAGAAUACCAAAAAAAUUUCCAACAGUUAAAUUUCUAAAUUACAAAAAUCGCAAAAGGAUUCUGGUUACUGGUGGGGCUGGGUUUGUUGGCUCGCACUUGGUGGAUCGUCUAAUGCUUGAAGGACACGAGAUUAUAGUAGCGGACAACUUCUUCACGGGGAGAAAGCGAAACGUCGAACAUUGGGUUGGACACGAAAAUUUUGAGUUGGUUCAUCAUGAUAUUGUGAGGCCACUUUAUCUAGAGGUCGACGAAAUUUAUCAUUUGGCGAGCCCUGCUAGUCCACCUCACUAUAUGCUGAAUCCGGUGAAGACAUUGAAGACUAAUACCAUUGGGACUAUUAAUAUGCUAGGUAUAUUUGUACUUUUAUUAUUAUGACAGAUAUUAUGAACAUGUUCGAUUUCGAUAUUUAUCA